AUGUCUAUCGCCUUGCCAUCGGUUUUACGGACUUCAUCGGGUGUAUGUAGCAUUGAUGGAUCUCAUCCCUCACACCUGAUCGUGGCUGAGGUGGAUCGAAAAAGGAUCGACGGCCCUGCGUAUGUCACUCAUAUUAGGAGUUGCGUCAAUGAUACCAGCGGUGACGAUGGAGAGAGAAGCAACCACACUGUAGAAUUUAAUAUCGUUUCCGCUUCUCCCGAUCUGUCAAAUACGGAAUCGAUCAAUAUUGUCAUUCCUUCUCGACGUAAAGUACACCAUCGAGCUUGGUCUGAAAUCGUCACGUUGGAAGUCGACCGAGAUAUACGUUCCGAGGCGGAAAUGAAGAUACGUCCUCACAUCGAAUGUGAAUCAACACCCACACCGAUGAUCAUGGAGGAAGAUCAAAGCCGAAGUAAAUUACGACUUGAUGGCGAAUAG